CUCUCCCUCCCUCCCUCCUUCUCACACACACACUCUCUCUCUCUCUCUUUUCCUCCUCUCUCACUGAGAGAGGAUCAGAGGCCGUAGCGGUGGUGCUCCCCUCUUCUCCUCUCCCCACCGCCGAGGGAGCUCACGGCGGCUCGCUGCCACAGAAGAAUCCGAGGUGCAGGCCCCAUCAGCGGCCCCGGCAGCAGGGCAGGAAGCAGCUCGCCACACGGUGACAGGAAGCCGGCAGCUGGGCGGGGCGCGGCCGGGGCCUGUUGUUUUCCACUCACCGCUUCUUUGUGGAACCGAUGGGGAGGCCGCCUUGCCCUCACGCUGAGGCUGCAGGCGGGACUGCUCGAUGGACGGUCUUUAGCAACCCCAAAUGCCCGAUGACCCCUCCUCGCCACGUCCCACCUCCAAACAUCGACCCUCAAAGCACCGGAAUCUCCUACCGCCUGUCAUUAUCCCCAAACUUCAUAAAAUACUCCAACCCCUGGACCCUCAACCCUCGCCAUACUUCCUCAACCCCCUGAAAAAUGUUCAUAGCCCAGCACCAACCAUCCCUCCCGAUCCUCCAUACAUGCAAAAAAACAUCUAUUUCCCAACUCCUUUCUGGUUCUCCCUCGUCCAGUGCUGCACAAACACGUUUCCUGUUCUCCCCAUCUUUCCCUCAGCUUCUCAUUCACUCUCCCUCUCCUUCCUCUCAUCCUGCCCUUCUGCCUCCCUUUCCCUCUUCCUCUCCUCACCACUCCUCCCCAAGAUUGCUGAAGUGGCCUGGAACAUAGCAGGUAUAGCGGAAGAGCUCUGCACAGGUUCAGGACUACCAGUCCAGUAAAGCAGAAAGUAUGGUAAAUUGUGAUGAUCUGAGGUAAGGAUCUUACUGAUGAUGCCAGGAUUUAUCGAUCAUUCCCAAUUACUCCUGAGCUGCCCAGCAGUUAAGGAGCUGCCCCAUCGGUGGGUCUGGAGUCACAUACAAGCCAGACUGGAUACUCUCGGCACCCUCACCACUCAGCAUUGUCAGGAAGAUGAGGAAUCCAGCAGUGUUAAUACAGGGAACCCAAAUGCACCUUCAGGUUUGACGUGUUACACACAGUGGAGAAAAGAGGACAAGCAAUUCCAAUGCACAUGGAAGAGGGGGAAGGAUCCAGCAGAGUACCGGCUGUGCUACUGCUGUGACACGUGCAAGAUAUGCAGGUCGUUUGCGGUGGGGAGAAACACCUCCUACAUUGUGCAGCGUAAUGAUCUCUACCUGAACAAAAACCUGACCUUCUGGGUUGAGACAGCAAAUGGCAACACCAAGGUUAAGUCGGCAAAGCUGUAUGUGGUGCCGCAGACUGCGAUUAAGUAUAAACCUCCAUCACUCCAGAAAGUAAAACUGAAACGGUCGGCAGACCUGCUCACAAUCAGUUGGAAGAAACCAGAAAUGAAGAGGAUUUUCAAUGAAAUUCGAUAUCGAAGGAAUGAUUCUGAGGAGUGGAAGCAGAUAAACUGCAGCUCAAGUGAAUCGAAGACUCAUGAGAACUGCAGAAUCCUGCUGGAUCAGUCCUCUGCAUAUCAGCUCCAGAUUCGCAGGAUUCUUCAGAACAUCUGGAGUAAAUGGAGUGGCACUGUUUUCAUCCCAGCAGUAAUCACCGAGAGGUUGGGCCUGCAGUGGAGACUUGUUGAUGAGCACCAGCACUGCCCAGGCAAACGGAAGAUAGAACUGAAGUGGAAGCCUCCGACAGGUCCAGAUGUCAAUGUCACAGGCUAUAAUCUUACCUUCCAACCAAUAACCAACAUGACUGGUUACUCUAACAAUCAAAAAAACAAGCGUUACCAAACUAUGAUCUCCCUGGCUCCAUACAAAGUUUCUAUCGUUGCCUUCAACAGUGUGAGCACCUCGCCAGCUGAGACCAUCACCAUCCCAGCUGCUCAGCCUGAAGACACACCGGGCUUAAAUCUUACGGCUGUUGAUAACCGCACCCUGAAAGCCUCAUGGAUUCCUCACAAUGUCAGUUUCUACUGUGCCGUUCUAGAGCUGGUGUCAACAGAAACCACCCAGCAGAACAAAUGCCACCUGGAACUCAAGAAGAAAAAAGGUCACCAUCACUCCACAGAGAUGAAGUUUAUGGGGCUGGAGCCUCAGAGACGUUACCGCCUCACCAUUUACGCCAGGGAUUCAAAGGAGGGAAAUGAGUGCUACAGCCAGACCGGCUACACCUUUGGCUCUGUCACUGCCUGCACACAGGAACACCCACCAACCCAUGCUCCCACGAUGGUCAACGUGACCAACAUCAUGAAAAGCUCAGUGUUCCUCAGGUGGAAGGGGAUCUCACUGGGAGAGUGCCAGGGCACCCUGGAGAAAUACCUCAUCAUCUACACAGACAGUUGGAAUCACACACACACUGCUUCUGUUAACGCUUCGAACCUCAACUUCACCUUGAUGAAUCUAAAUGCCUCCACCUUGUACACCGUGCAGAUCUGUGCUGUCACCAGUGCUGGACAAGGAGCCAAGACCAUCCGAACCUUCCAAACCAAGGAUUAUGAUCGCAGCGAGUUCAUAGCGAUCAUCGUGGCAACAUCCUUCUUCGUCAUGCUUUCCGUCUUCGUUGUGGUUUCUCUCUGUUACUUCAGCUUCAAAAGAACAGAACGAAUGGUGUGUCCCACAGUCCCAGACCCAGUCAACAGUCUUGCUGUCAAAUCCAUGCACGUUUCUAACCACAUCAGUCAAUGGGAGGCAUGUACUGCUGAUGAAGAUGUGAUGGAUGUCCUCCUUGUUAUGGUCGGCCUACAGAGUGACACAGCUUCACCCAGAAAGCCAGCUACAGGUGAUGCAGUGCCCAUGACGGAGGGUGGUGAGUCUCUGAGUGACAACAACUCACUGGGCUUUGAGAGCGAUUCUGCUUUUGAGUACAAACGGCAGAUGGGCUGUCCUUUGGGCCUGGAGGAGGACUGCGGCAGUGAGACUGGUUUAGAUGUGCAGCUGGAGACCCAGACCCCACUUCUGGAAACCUGUCACAUUUCUCCGCUCCCCCAAACUUACUCGGGCUCGGGGCUGAACCUUUGUGGGAACGUGAUUUCUCUGCUGUCUGUUUACGAUCAGACACUUGCGGAACAGGAGCCAGCAAGAAGCAAUGUUUAUCCUUAAUGUACUGAGUACACAUUCAGCCCAUCUAACCAGGGCUGCAGGGCACACGGCUUCUACCAGUGGGCAUGGUGACCAGCUCCUGCCCCCCUCUGCUACUGAGUCCUUCCAAAGGCAGGUCCUGCGGUCAAACUGUAUGAGGCCCAGCCUUGCCCAGCAGUGGCUAGAGGCAAGAGCGUCCAGAGGCCACUGGAGCUUCACUCAGGAACAACUGGUGAUUAAGUUCACAUCUGGAUUCUGACCAGCCAACAGUCAACCCUUUAUUUGCCCGGGCUGCAUUGUGACAGCCAGUGUGUGAGUCUUCCUGAGUGUUGUCGCUAAACUGACUUCACAUCAGUUUGAGGCUUAUUACUACUUGGGUUAUUUUAAUGUGACUGGUGUAUUGGCAUUACAGGUUGUUUAUAAUAUUAGAAACAGGCCAUUCAGGCUAUUGGCUCUGUGCUAGUGCUCCAUCUCUCCCCAUCACCAUCGCCUUCUAUUCCUUUCUCCUUUGUAUGUUUAUCCAGCUUCUCAUUGAACAUGUCUCUACUCUUCAUCUGAUUGGAUUUAUCAGUGACUAUCCUAUAUUUCUGGCCUUCCUUUUGAUCUUGCGUACAGGUUUUCUUCCUUACUCUUUAUGAUAGAGAAGGAGGCUAUUCAACCCAUUGGAUCUAUGCUGUCUCUUAGCAGAGCAAUCCCAUCAGUCCCAUCUCCCCUGUAGGCCUGCAACUUAUUCUCGCUCACAUGCCCAUUAGCUUCCCUUCCGCCUUUUUAUACCGGCUAUCUCCCCUCCAUCUUCCAGCCAGAUGAAGGGUCUCGACCCAAAACAUUGACUGUCCAUUUCACACCAUAGAUGCUGUCUGACCUGCUGAGUUCCUCCAGCAUCUUGUGGGUAACUUCCCUUUCACUCUUUUGCUGCUUGCUUACACUAAUUUACAGUAGCCAAUUAACCAAUUCAGUAGCUAAGUACAAAAACAUCACCUAGAAUCAUACAGCAACUUAGCAGACCCUUCAGCCCACCAAGCCUGUGCUAACAAUCCAGUAACUAUUUACACUAAUCCCAUUUUCUUCUCCAAAUAUUCCCAUCAUCUCCUCCCAGAUUCUUCCACUCACCUGGACAAUUUACAGUAGUCAAUUAUCCUAUCAAUCUGCACAUCUUUGGGAUGAGGAUGAAAACUGGAGCAUCCAGAAUUUUCACCCUCAUCCCAAAGACAUGCUUCUUUUCUGUAGAGAACCCCCAAGUUUUACAGAGGUUGUCCUGAGUGGUCACUUGUGAGGCAGCCAGGGGUUGUGGGGGAGGGGGCUGAUUUAACUUUCUAUAUCUACAAACAAAAAUACAUCACAUUCUUCAGCCUCAUUGUAGUCAUCUCAAUCCCAACCCAAUGCCAAUUUGACACACUGUUAGUGGGGAAGAGACUGAGGUUUAGAGAGACGUUCCUCAGGAAGGCGCUGCUGGGGUCUCAGCAAAGGAAGAUAGAGCCAUGGAGAUAUACAGCAUGGAAAUAGGCCCUUCGGCCCAUCGAGUCCAUGCCAACCAUCAUCUAUCCAUCUAACCCUUCACUAAUCCCAUUUUUUAGUCUCCCCAGAUUCAGGUGAUUGAAAUUAUGGAUGAGCUGAAAUUGAUGAAGAACAUCAAACCUUUAUCUAGAAAGGCUAGCUGCAGUUAAAGUGGAUAAGUUGACUGGUCCAGAUGGGAUGCAUCCAAGGUUAAUGUGGGAAGUAGGAGAGGAAACUGUAGAUGCAUUGUCCAUAAUCUUCCAAACAUUUGCAGAUGUUGCCUGAGGACUGAACAAUUUCAAAUGUUACAUCUUCUUAAACAAAGGAUAUAGGGGUACAUUCAAUAACUAGGGAAGCACAGUGGCACAGCUUAUAAAGCCACUGCCUCACAGCUCCAGAGAUCUGGAUUCAAUCCUGACCUACAGUGCUGUCUGUGUGGAGUUUGCACGUUCUCCUUGUAACUACAUGGGUUUCCUCUGGAUGCACCAGUUUCCUCCUACAUCCCAAUGACAUGUAAAUUAGUAGGUUAAUUAUAAGUUACCUCGAGUGUGUCGGUGAGUAGUAGAAUCUAGGGGAUUUGAUGAGAAUGUGGGGAAAAUAUAAAAUGAGUUUAAUAUAGGACUACUGCAAAAUGGGUGGCUGCUGGUUGGCAUAAACUCGAUGGGCUGAAGGGCCUGCUACUAUGCUGUAUCUCUCUAUGACUCUAACUAUAAGCCACUCAGUUUAAUCUCGGUGGUGAGAGAAGUUCUAGAAACAAUAAUCAGGGACAGAAUUAGCAGUUGAACAAAUGAGAAUUGAUUAGAGAAAGCCAUAUGGAUCUUUUUAUGAACAAAUUGUGUCUACGUGGCUUGACUGAAUUUUUUGAUGACUGAUAGAGAGGAUCAAUAAAGGAAAUGUAGUCGAUGUGGUAUUUAUGGAUUUCCAAAAGGCAUUUGAUAGGGUGCCACAUAAUAGACUUUUCAUGGUCUGAAGGUCAUAGAACAAAAAGGAAUGUAGCAGCAUGGAUAGAAAAUUGGCAAAAUAACAGGAAACAGAGUAGUAGUGAAAGGUUGUUUUUCAGAUAGAAGGUAAAUGGAAAAUGAGAUUCCCCAGGGUUGGUACAUGGACCACUCUUUUCCUAAUAUAUUUUAAUGGCUUGAAUUUGAGUGGUCAGGACACACUUUCCAAAUCUACUGACGACACAAAACCCGGAGGCAUAGUGAGUGGUGAAGAGGAUGGUAAUAGACUUCAAGGAGGUGUAGACAGGCUGUCUAAUGGGCAGAUAAGUGGCAGCUGAAUUUUAAUGCUGAAAAUUGUGAAGUGUUAUAUUUUGAUAGGAAGAAUAGAGGCAAAAAAAAUACUGGAGAGCACAAUUCUAAAGGGGGUACAAGAACAGAGAGAUUGGGGUCUAUAUGUGCAUGAUUCAUUGAAAAUGAAAAGGCAGGUUGGGAUAGAGGUUAAAAAAAGUAUAUGGGAUCCUUGGCUUUAUAAAUGGAGGCACAGAAUACAAGAGGAAAGGAGUCAUGAUAAACCUUCCUAAAAAACUAUGGGAAUACUGGCUCCAGUUCUGGGUGCCACACCUAGGGAAAGCCGUGAAGGCUUUAGAGAGUGUGCAGAAAAGAUUUACUAGAAUGAUUUCAAUGAUGAGGGGCUUUACUCGGAUAGAAGCUGGGGUUGUUCUCUUGAGAGCAGAGGAAAUUUUGAGUGGAUCUAUCAGAGAUAUUUAAAAUUAUCGUGUAGUUAGAGAGGAAAUGCAACCAUUGGUUGUAAGGUGAUCAGCAAAAGAACCAAAAGUGACUCAAGGAAUUUUUUGACACUGAGUGUUUAGGGUCUGGAAUACACUGCUGAGGUGAUAGGUGGAAGCAGAUUCAGUUGCAGCAUUUAGCACAAAACAGAACUCAAGCUGGUGAGUUAACGCAUCUGGGGAGGACAAACGAGGUAGGGCAAUAGACGGUAAACAGUAGGCUAUUGAGAAAGGUAGAGGAACACAGAGUGCAUGUCUAUAGACGCCGACGCAGUGGGACAGAUAAGUAAGGUAGUUAGAAGGCAUUGGGAUCCUAUCCUUUAUUGGCAGAGUGGUAGCAUUGAAGAGCUGGAGGUCAGAAGUACAGAUAACUCCAGUUAGAUUCCAGCUGAAGAGUUGUGUACAAUUCUAGCCACUACACUAUAGGAGAAUGUGCCAGCACUAGAGGGGGUGCAGAGGCAAUUUACAAGGAUGUUGAAGUAUAGUUAUGAGAAAAGCUGAACUGGAUUGGGGAUGUUUAUGUUAUGAUGAAGGAGGCUCAGGAGAGAGUUAAUUGCGGAAUACAAAAUCUUGACAUGCCUGGAUGGUGUGACCUGUUCCUAAAGAAGAGAUGAGAAUGACCAGGAGUAUAAACAUAAAGCAGUUGGUGAAAAGAUUAGAUGGGAGAGGGGAAAAAUUAUUUUAUUCAGAGUGGUGGGGGUCUGGAAUUCUUUCUCUGAAAACAUGGUGAGGCAGAAACUCUCAUCGCCUUUGAAAGGUAUGAGGAUACAUACAGCCACAUACAGCUGUGGGCCACAUACAGCUGUGGAGGCCCGAUCAUUGGGGGUGUUUAAGGAGGAGAUUGUUAGGUAUCUAAUUAGCCAGGGUAUCAAGGGAUAUGGGGAAAAGGCCAGGAAUUGGGGCUAGAUGGGAGAAUAGUUUAGCUCAUGGUGAAGUGGCAGAGCAGACUCGAUGGGCCAAAUGGCCUACUUCUGCUCCCUUGUCUUAUAUCUUGUGAUGAGCUCUUGAAGAGCCCUCAGCUAGAAGCUAUGGACCAAAGCUGUGGUGUGAUAAGGCUGGGUAGCAUUCAAUGAUCCCAGAUACAAUGGGCUGAAUGGCCUGCUAUAAGUUUCUAUAAUCAGUCUGUAUAUUGAUAUAUUUAUUCCUUAUGUUUGUGUAUGCCUACCUUACCUCUAUAUAUCUUCCCCUGCGUUUGUCUAUCAUUCAUGGACAAAAAGACUCAAUGCUCACUCAUUCCAUUGGAGUACAUGGGGAUUAUGUUCCUAGGUCACAAAGUACUGCCAGUUCCUUGAGUCUCAUGCUCCUCAUCUAUUGCAACUAACACAUUUCACUUGUAGACUGUCCUCAAAUCAUUUUCUCUGGUAUUUAUGAAUGUACAGUCCUGGAAACGUUUAGGGCAUGUCCCAUGGAAGU